GGUGCUUAAAUGGCGAACUUAUGCGUAACGCACAACGAGAAGCGUCUAUCUGCUCUCCACAAACUCGAUGAGUCACCCUACUGCUUUAUACGUCGACGCUGGCAUUCAGGCAUCUAAGUACUUUAAUGUCGGAAUGUUUGCUGUUUUAAUUUUUGACUAUUUCAUUACCCUAGAGGCGGAGUCACUGUGGGUCUGGCACCGCAAAUGGACGUUUGUGCGAUUUAUAUUCACUGUAUCACGAUACUUGCCAUUUUUUGGCAUUGGGAUGACAUUCAUCGGUGCGCUUCGAACACAAUACUAUCCUGGUGAAAGCUGUGUUAGAUUUGGGCAAGCGUCAAACGUGUUGCACAUCAUCUGCAUUGUAGCCGCAGAGGGCUUGCUAAUAACGAGGAUUUAUGCUUCCUGGAACACGGAUCCGGGCAACUGUCUUCUCUUAGGCGGGAGGAAUAACGUCUUCGAGUACGCCGCUCUGUUACUCUAUGAACUAGUCCUCUUAUGCUUGAUGUUGUACAUCAGAUUCAGCAAGUACAGCAAUGCCAUUGGAAAACUCCAAGAAACGUUUUUUAACGACUCAAUGAGAUAUAUGAUGUGUAUCAUGGUCAUGUCUUCGUUCAGCAUAAUUUUGACUAUGGUUCCUCCGAUCACAUGGGUUUCGAUCACAGACUCUCCGCAAAUCGUCAUCCACAGUGUUCUAGCCUCUCGGAUACUUUUCAACCUACGAGCAAGUGAAGGACGAUCACGAAUUCAUACAACACUGACGGAUGCAUCUGAAUUACAAUUUGGAGGAGAUCAAUUUUCGACGGUGGUAUUCGAUGUUUAA